GAACAGGGACGGAUUCAAGUUGCACCAGUGGCCCAAAGAUGCGAAAGUGGCAAGAAAUUGGACGAAAUGUGUUCAAAAUACGAGGCUGUGGGGAAAGCCGACGAAAUGGUCAGUCGUUUGUUCCGCACACUUUACCGACGAAAGCUAUGCUACGACAGAGAUGGCAACCGUCCCUUAUUCCACCGAAGAUGAUCAAGAGAAGAAUAUCGACCCUAGCUUCCCUGGCCUGCUGACAUCAACUCCAAAACUGGACAGAUCAGCUUUCAGGAAAAGAGAGCGGAUGAGGCGUGGACACUUUGUGAUCAGAUACGACCGACAGACGAUUCUGGAUGUGGAUAGAUCGGGCCGUUAUAGGCUGAAAGAUGCGGGUACUUUCGACCUCCUCGCUAGCAUGGGGAUUCUUCGCCGGCUACAUCCAGCGGCCUCGAAAGCAGCGGAGUCAAGUGCCAGCGAGGACCGUCAACGGAAGACACGUAAGCGGUGUGAGCGGAAGCAGAAGCGGGGAUGCCGAGCGGGGCUAACAACAAAGCGAAAGGCUAAUCCUCAAAGAAGCGCUAGUCCGGGUGAGAAGUUAGUUAAAAUAGAACUAGCCAGCGCCAGGCUGGAUAAUACCUGCACACAUAGCAACUAUUUUAGAACAAUACAUAACUCAAAAAAUGUUUUUUCUGUGUCAGAAGUAGACAUGCACUCUACUGAGGUGGCAAGUUAUGAUGCGUUCGGUUUAUCACAACAUCAAGCAAACAAUCGGAAAAUUCCCGUCAUAUCAAUUCCUAGAUAUGGUCGAAAUUAUUUAAAGUGCACUACACAUAAUAAACACAACAUUAUUAAUAUUGCUACUACGGAUAAUUUCAACAAAAACUCCUCAAAACAGCCCACUACCUAUAAUAUGGGCUUCUUAAACAUAAGAUCAUUAUCUUCCAAAACGUUAUUAGUUAAUGAGGUCAUUAGAGACAAUAAUCUUGACGUUAUUGGUCUCGCCGAGACCUGGCUCAAACCAGACGAUUUCUUUGCGCUGGGUGAGGCGUCUCCUCCUGGCUAUGCGGGAGCGCAUAUUGCCCGUCCCAUUAAAAGGGGUGGGGGAGUUGCACUCAUACACAAUAAAAACUUUAAUCUUACCCCGACCUAAAUAAUAAAUAUAACUCGUUUGAGAUGCUUACUAUGAGGUUUGUCACACCGCUGCCUCUCCACCUGGCUGUUAUCUACCGCCCCCCAGGACCCAAUUCGGACUUCAUCAGUGAAUUUUCAGAGUUCGUUGCUGAUUUAGUGACGCACGCCGACAAUAUAAUCAUAAUGGGGGACUUUAAUAUCCAUAUGUAUACCCCAUCGGACCCUCAGUGCAUGGCGCUCCAGACUAUAAUUGAUAGCUGUGGUCUUACACAAAUAAUAAAUGAACCUACGCAUCGCAACGGAAAUACGAUAGAUCUAGUGCUGGUCAGGGGUGUCACCACCUCCAAAGUUACGAUACUCCCGUAUACUAAAGUAAUGUCCGAUCAUUACCUUAUAAAAUUUGAAGUUCUGACUCAUUGUCAACAAACUAAUAAUAAUAACUACUAUAGCAGCCGCAACAUUAAUGCUGCCACAACGAUGACUCUUGCUGGCCUACUGCCUUCGGUAAUGGCACCAUUCCCAAAUUAUGUCGGCUCUAUUGAUAACCUCACUAACAACUUUAACGACGCCCUGCGCGACACCAUUGAUAGUAUAGCACCGCUAAAGCUUAAAAGAGCCCCUAAAAGGCGCACCCCAUGGUUUACAGAAGAAACUAGAGCCCAUAAAUUAUCAUGUAGAAAGCUGAAACGCAAAUGGCGCGCUACUAAACUUGAGGUUUUCCAUCAAGCAUGGAGUGAUAGUUUAAUAACUUAUAAACACAUGCUUACCCUAGCUAAAGCUAAAUAUUACUCAAAUCUCAU